CUUCACACUUGACCCGCCAUGCGCCUCAUAAACUGACGAAAAAAGCGAGCGAGAACGCGCAGGCUAUAAAUGUCUGCCAAACCCGUCGGAGCGGUGAUUCUCGUUGUCUGCGUCUUAGUUCAUCAGUGAUCCCGGAGCACCGUCCGUGUACUAUACAUACCUACAUGUACUAUUAUACUCUGCACUCACGGCAAACAUUCGGCAACAUAUUCAAUACGCUGUCGAAACAAGAAAAAACGCAUCGCCAGCCAGUAUGGAGCGCUUUGUUCCUAUAGUCCACGCCAUCACUGCGGUCUUUGCAGUCAUUGAGUUGGGCUUGACCGCUUACCUCGUCAGCCCAUGGUGGGGGACGCCGAGUGUGCUGUCCUUCAUGCUCUUCAACUCGAUCUGGUCCCUCCUGGUCCUUGCCUACGUAUUCUUGGCGCCUCUCUACUUUGCCCGCUUCUUCCAUGGCGUGGUGGCAUUGGUUCUGGAAUGGAUUACGAUGAUUUUCUGGUUCGCCGGCUCGAUUGCCCUCGCCGCCUGGUGGGGCUCCCCGAGAUGCGGCGGCGACACGUACUGCGGCUCUACCGAGGCGGCCAUCGCCUUUGGCUUCUUCAUCUGGGCGCUCUUUGCCUUCCUCGUUGUUGUCGACACCCUGGCCUUCAUGCGCGGCCGGGGGCACAGCACCACCGCUUAUCCCAAGCCCCACGCCGUUGCAUAGUGGUAGACCCUAGUGAUGCGGGGAUUGCGAAGAGAGGAAAAGAUACAGAAAGAGGCUUCGGAGCGUCGCGUUACCGAGAACGAAGGAAGUGGGAACUUGAUAUCGACCAUGCUGUGAAAGGAGGGCAUGGCUGCUGAGCGAAACUCGAAAGACCGCCAAAAACCAUCUUGGUGAUAAAUGGCCCGAAGAGACCCAUCAUAAUAAAUACCGAUGAAUUGGUGGUCUUGGCACGGAUCACCCGACCAGUUCACCGCAGUGUUGGCCCUCGCUCACUCUUCGUUUGAAACCUCUCUUUCCCACUUGUUCAUGUUUCAAACGGAGGUCAUGUCUGGGUCCCGGCCGUCUUACUUUCUCUCCCGAGGUGACAGGAAUCUGUGCCAGAGUGGCAAAUCGGCUAAACAGAGGCGUCGGUGUCGAGUCACACCGGUAACUGAGGCGUAAGAUACAAACGCGCCAACAAGGUCAACUCAAGCCACAGCUCUAUCAUCAUCAUCCAUCGACAUCUUUGUGCUCGACUUCAGCUCCCUGGAUCCGUACUUUCACCCCUCUUGCUGUGAUUGUGCAUUACAGAUCGGUCACAUCGUUUCAACCUCGAAGUUCGGGUCUCAAUAUGGGCAAAGCACAUGGUUCUCUUGCCCGCGCUGGUAAGCAACCCCUUGGGAGCGUCCCGCGAAAUCCGCGUGAUGCAUCGUUUCGCUAGAGAGCUCUUGUUACCGGUGUAUACCCAGGCAAGGUCAAGUCGCAGACCCCAAAGGUACGGCAUAUCCUAUCUUGAUGUACCGUGAACAAUGACACCCAAGAGCAUCGCGGUUGACAUAACUUGCCCCUUCUAGGUUGAGCCACAAGAGAAACCAAAAA